UCGAGCAAAUGAACAAGAGAUUUGUAGAUAAAUUCGAACUUUAUUAUAAAACGAGAGAAAUCCUAAAACAGCAUUUUAGAUAUUUUUGAAAUUUUUUAAAAGGUUGUUCUUAAAUUCGGGUUGAAUUCGUUAAAUCAGAAGUCGGAAAUUCACGAGCCAAUUUUUGAAGUGCGUUCCGAUAUACGUACGUCGACUCUUCAAUAUUUGUUUAAUACCCUUGAAAGCCCUCAAUUUAAACGGUAUCAAAGGGGUUUAAUUCCGAUAUAGAGGAUGAUCAACCAUGGCAGAGACUUCUGUUGACACCGGAAGCCGUUCUACAGGAAUCGAUUUAUGGACUUCAAGGCCGUCAAUCCAACAUGGUGGAGUGGAUUUGAAGUCAGUCAUCAAGGCUGGCUAUUUAUGUGGACUAUCUUCGUCUAAGUCAAAGUAUUAUGUCCUUACGAAGAGCUCUUUGGAUAGCUAUAAGAAUAGACACUGUGAUAAGCUCAAAGGUAGUGUACCUUUGGUUGCUAUGGAAACCAUUGAAAUAUGUGUGCAUAGCAACAGAUCCUUGCAAAUCACUGGUCCAUAUGAGCAUCCUAUAAUACUACAAGCCUUGUCUAGAGACGAAGCCCAGGAAUGGAAAAGAGCUAUUGAAGAGGGUAUUUGUCACUGGAGACUUGACUCAGAACAAGACUGCAGCAACCCAAAGAUUCAAAGCCGUGAAAUGAAAACUCCAAAUAAAGCUCUAACAGAUAUGGAAUCCAAGCUAAUGAUGUACCCAUCAUUAAAAAGGGCUUUCGAUCAGUCACCCACUUCUGAUCUGGUUUUUUUCUCGGCUGCAAGCGAGGUUCACCAUGAAUUUGCCAUGAUAAAAUAUGCGAGGGCAGGAAAAGCCAUCCCUCACGAGAAACUGGUGAAAUUGGACAAUGAUAACUUGCAUAUUAUGUGGAAGAAAAGAUCGAAGCACAGUUUCUCAUUCCGCAACACUUUGGCACUUAACAAAGUGGUUGAAGUCAGAUGCGGCCAACAGACCAAGAACUUUAACAAGUUUCCAUACACUGAAGUAGAAAACCAGUCAUUCUCAUUAAUCUUUGAGAAAGAACAAGGGGAGUGGGGUCAGUUGGUAUCUCUGGACCUGAUCUGCGAUUCUUUGAAAGCAUUUGACAAGUGGCAUAGUGCUUUGAAAGAAAUCAUUUACAGCAAAGAUGCAAGACUGAACAGGCAGAAAUACGGAGGCAUCGACCCAGUUGUGUUAUGGUUGAAACGACACUGGUCAGUUCUUAUAUCAAAACGAAGUAAAAGUAUCGCUGCGGACCAAGUAUUGACGUUUGCCAACCAUUGCUGGCCCGAGGGGAACAACAAGAAACUACUGAAGAACCACAUAAGGAAUGUCCUCGAGACUCAGUGUGGCGUGAGUCACGCGGAGGAGCGUCUUGUAUGGAAUUCAUUUCUGUUGUUGUUCGAUAGUCUCAACGAGCAAGCCAGGUUGUUUGGCGUGUAUGCAAGGUAUGCUCGAUCAUUUCCUCACCUUGGGAUGACACCGGAGGAGUUCAAGGAGUUCUUGAUGAAGGAACAAAAGGAGUACUUGAGUGUCGAUGUUUGCUCCAGACUGAUUUACUUCCAUGACAAGGUUCACACGAUGUUCAAAAGAAAAUGCGCCGGCAACGACCCUGAUGACUACAAACGAAGCAAACACUUCCUGUCUUACCACGGGUUUAUUAGUUACAUUCGAAGCGGAGAUAAUUCCGUUGUAAACCCAGAACACAACACUGUGCACCAGGACAUGGAUCAACCACUGUCAGACUACUUCAUCAACUCGUCUCACAAUACCUACCUGACCGGCCAUCAAUUUAGAGGACAGUCAAGCCUUGAGGCGUAUGUCAGAGCUUUGUUACUAGGCUGUAGAUGUAUUGAACUGGACUGUUGGGACGGUCCUGAUGAGCCGAUUAUCACUCAUGGUUACACACCAACCUCACGGAUAAGAUUGAAUACGCAUUUGAAACGUCGGACUAUCCUGUUAUUUUAUCACUUGAAAACCACUGUAGUCAACAACAACAGGCAAUCAUGGCAGAUAUCUUCAUGAACGAACUCGGCGACAUGCUCGCAACGAAUAAUUUAUGCGUUGAAAGAAAAGAAAACAAGCUGCCGUCGCCGAAUGACUUGAAGAGAAAAAUCAUCCUAAAAGGAAAAAUCAAACUAAAAAAGAAGUCCAGAGCACUUGCUAAAUUCAGUGUUGGAGCAAUGAACGUUCAGUCACAGUUAACUACAACUGUUUCUGCGCAGUCUUUGAACGUGAUGGCAUCUUCACCCACUAGUCUCACCGGUGACAAGCUUGACGUGUCAAAUAUCAGUAACCAACAAGAAGAGGUGUUUAAUACGGUACUUCUUGAAGGAGCCAUGGACAAGCUUAUCGUCUACUGUAGAGCUCUUCCCUAUAAGAAAAAUGAUGUCUCCGAUGAUUGCUGUCAGAUGUAUUCAUUCAGUGAAUCAACCAUCUAUGAUCUGGUUUCUGCCAACCCUAGGGAUUCAGGCAUGCAUUUGAAUCAAGGGAAAUUUCGUAAGAACGGUGGAUGUGGCUACAUACUGAAACCAGACGCUCUAAGGAAUAACAAUCAAAAUCGAUCAGGUUAUCAUCCUAUGAUCACAGCUUCGCCUAUUGGUGGAAAAUCAUGCUACUUUACUUUUGAGGUCUUAUCAGGUCAAUACCUUCACAUAGAUGAUGGCUGUCGACUCCCAGUACGAGUAGAAAUCGAUACAGUGGGGAUACCAGCUGAUUGCGCAACAUUCGCUACAGAGGUUCGUUACGAGAGACUCAACCCACAAUGGAGCAACACGAAGCACAUGUUUAACGUAGCGAUGCCAGAACUGUGUUUAGUUUACUUUAAAGUACUUACAGUCAUCCAAAGGAACAAAACCAAACUGCUCUUCCAGAAUGUGAUAUCUCUGGACAGCAUACGACAAGGAAUUCGUUACAUUCAACUGCGAACACCAACAGGGGUACUCACAAGUCACAGUGGUCUGUUUGUUAAGAUCAGGCUACAACAGUUCCAACAAGCUUCGUAUCAAGUGAAAGGAACGUCGAGAGAGAGACUGCUGACCAUCUAGGUAGUGUACAGGAAAACAUAUUUUUCUUCUGCUGACAACGUAGUCCAGAACUAGACACUUUCUUCGGUGACAAAUGUUUGUUUUUAUAUCCCAAAGAUUCGGUUUCAGGGUUUUAUAUGUCCGUUAGCCGUGCCCUGACUUAUAUCAACCCAGAGGUUGUUUCAGGGUUCAAUCUAUGAGUUAGCCGUGCCCCGACUUAGAUCAGACCAGGGGUUAUUUCAGGGUUCUAUCUGUGAG